CCUCAUCCAUGAUGACGCCGUGGGAUUCCGCGAAAUUGUUUCUUGGGAGUACGAGGACACAGAAGCGGCAAAGCAAGCGAAAACGAGGACGUGUGUGGCGGACCAGCCAAGUUAGCAGAGUCGCUGGAUUUUCUGGAAGCCGGUUGGACCAGGAAGCGGACUGAGAAUUCAGGGAGACCCUUCUAAGUAGUGAAUCUACUCUCUUCUGGUUUUAUUUUGCUGUAUUUAGUUUGAACGACCCACUCUUAGUGGGACAGUCACAUUGACGCCGACACGUGUGAGGAGGAUAUCGCACACCACCUCUCCUCCGUACCACUUGGAUUGCUUUUUGCAACACUUCUCUACCAGUCAUGUCCGAUGUCUCUGCGGCCCCUGUCCGGAUGGACGACACGCUGAAGGAGAACCAGGAGCACCGAACUUUGCUGAUGGUGGCGAUGAUUCUGUUGGACUUGAACAAAUGUCGGCCCGGCGGCGUGGAGGAGAAAGAGAAGCCGGCCGAAAGCAAGAGGAGGGUGGACGAAUCGCAUGGGUCUUCCGAGAAGAGGCACCGGUGCCCCUUUACCGGUUGUGGCAAGAUGUACGGAAAGUCGUCCCACCUUAAGGCACACCUAAGAGUGCAUACCGAUGUAAACCCCCUUCGUGGUUGUUCCACAGGUGAGCGUCCGUUCGAAUGCACCUGGCCGGCCUGCGGCAAGAAGUUCUCUCGGUCGGACGAGCUGACCCGCCACUACCGCACACACACGGGCGAGAAGCGCUUUACCUGCCCGCUCUGCGAUAAGUGUUUCAUGAGGAGUGACCACCUGACCAAGCACGCCCGCCGCCACGCCGGCUUCCACCCCAGCAUGCUGCAAGGCGCCGCCAAGAGACGCCGCUGUUCCGUCUCAGUGUCCUCGUCCGACUCUGGAGACCGAAGCCCUCAGGGGUUGUAAAUAGAGACAAACGGACACAGGUUUUUUCUGUGUCUACCAUCCUUUAUUUACCAAUGUGACAGGUAUUUAUUCAAAAUUUUCUGUCAGGGGGGAUUAUUUUUAAUCAUUUUUGAGUGUCAGUGGGCCAGCGUCAGUUUUUUCCCCAACUGAGAAUAAGAUGGUCGAAUCAUUCAUGGAGUUUGCAUGUUCUCCAUGUGCUCGCGCAGGAGUUGUCCGGCUACUCCGGUUUACCACCCGCCUACCAAAAACCUGUGUUUUGGCUUCAUUGAAGACGCUAGAUUGCCCUUGGUUGUGUCCAUGAAUGGUUGCUCGUUUUUGAUUGGCUAGCGACCAAUCUCGGGUGUAGAAGCAGAAAGGGAAUUGGUGAUGCACCAUCGAAAUCUUCAGAGGAAGGGAAUAAAUAUUAAAAUAUUACACGUACAGUAGAACAGUAUUACCAUGUACAUAGAGGAAAAAUUGAUUUAUAGCCAUUAGUGAGAAAUUAGAGUAUUAUCUAGAUGAGAAUUUAAACAAUUGCAAAGUUACUUUAGAUGAAGAAAGUAACUUGACAAACAUCAUGCUAAAAAAGUUGGGUUGCAUUUUGUGAAUAAUGCAAGUGACAUAUUUUCUUCACAUGAGGUCUGUGCCUUCUUGGGGUUGCUUUCCCAUUCCUUGCCAUUAUCAGAAUGGAUUAUCAUUAUCUUCAUCCUGAACGACUUGUCAGAACAAGCUGAUGUACACUUUUUUACUUGUUGUGCCGCAUGGAACUUUGUCAGGGAUCUUAAAAUGAACGUUUUGCACCUCCCAGUGGUGAUGUUGAAGCACAACAUAUCACUCACUAUCUGACUGGGAAUUUUGAUUAUUUGGUUCAUGACUUUGUAUUUCUUCUGUACACUGUUUUUUGUAAUAAUGGUUUUAUCUUAACUUGUUGGCUGCGAUAGAUGCCCCAUCCAUUUUGACUAGGAGGGCGGUAAAUGAAUGAAUGAUGUUACACUUAUAUAGCGCUUUUCCACCUUUCUAGGCGCUCAAAGCGCUUUACACUAUCUCACCAUCCACCUACUGGUGACGCAGCACCAGGAGCAACGUGGGGUUCAGUGUCUUGCUCAAGGACACUUAGACGUGUUCAUCAGGGCGGAGAAUCGAACCCACAACCUCUGGCUUGGGAGACAAUUACUCUACCACUGAGCCACGCCACCCCAUCGCGGUCAGCGAUCAUUCACUGUCAGCCCUCCCAGUCAAAAUGGAUUGGACAUCUAUCGCUGUCAAUCGAAGUCAAUGAGUUAACGGGGUAUUACUCCACUAUGUGAGCCAAAAAAUAUUGUGGUUAUUUUAUCUUUUCUGUCGUUAUGAUAUCUGGGAUUUAUUGUUGGUGCCUUUUCAGGUAUGAUGCUUCUCUACUUUAUUGAGAGUCACUGAAGACCCUAAUGCAUCACAAGCAUUGUAAUAUUUAAUCCUCAAACAAUUUAACAAUAAAAAUGUUAUUUCUA